CAGUCCAUUUUCAAGGUCGAGUAAUUCAUUUAUAUGUUUUUGUCAAAUAUGCUUUGUUUUUUAUUCGGUCAACGUGGUCAAAUUGACGAAUAAAUUGUUGCGGUCUCUAUAACGCGCGUAGUUUCCUGGGGAGAUUGUUGCUCAGUCAUUAUGGUUUGUCCUGUCGUUUCUCUCCGAAAUGGCAAGUGAAAUUGUGGAAUGGACGCUGGGAAAUGUCGUUUAUUUUUUAUUUAAAGUUUGACUUAUAAUUAUGAGGUUUCGUGAAGUUGAUGGAGUGCAGGUUUUUGAACCAUCUUUCGAGGAAUUUCAAGAUUUUAGCCGAUGUAUUAGCGAGAUAGAAAGGCUUGGAGCUGCAAGAACGGGUCUCGCAAAGGUUAUUCCUCCAAAAGGAUGGAUUGCUAGGAAAGAUUAUUCCACGAUAAAUACCGGUGAAUUUCGUAUUCCUGCUCCAAUAUCACAAGUCUUUCAGGGUCGCCAAGGAUUAUACGAACAGUAUAAUAUUGUGAAAAAGGGCACAACUGUUCAUGAAUUUGAAAAACUUGCUAGAAGUGAAAGAUACGAGCCUCCAAAAGGUAACCAUAGUGACCUUGAAAGAAAAUAUUGGAAAAACAUUACUUUCCGAACACCUUUAUAUGGUGCAGAUGUUUCUGGUUCAAUAUUUGAUGAUGAUGUUCAUGCAUGGAAUAUUAGCAACCUUCCCAGCAUUCUCAAUAAUAUGUUAGAAGAAGAAGAUGUCAGGAUUCCUGGAGUAAAUACACCUUACCUUUAUUUUGGCAUGUGGAAGUCAACAUUUGCUUGGCAUACUGAAGAUAUGGAUUUGUUCAGCAUUAAUUAUAUACACUAUGGAGCUCCUAAAACAUGGUACGUUAUCCCUCCAGAACAUGGAAAACGUUUGGAAAGACUUGCUGCAGGUUUCUUUCCAGAAAGUUUUGCCUCGUGUUCUAACUUUCUUCGUCACAAAAUGACGGUGAUAUCUCCUCAAGUUUUGAAAAAGUAUUCUAUACCAUGCAGCAAGGUCAUUCACGAAGCUGGCCAAUUUAUGAUAACAUUUCCUUUUGCUUAUCAUUGCGGUUUCAAUCAUGGUUUCAAUUGUGCAGAAUCAACGAAUUUUGCAAUCGAAAGCUGGAUUGAUUAUGGAAAAAAGGCGGAACAGUGUGAUUGUCAUUCGGAUUCCGUUAAAAUUGACAUGGAUAUGUUUGUUAAAAAAUACCAGCCCGAGCAAUGGGAGGAAUACAAGGCGAGCAAGAUGAGUGAUUCUGAUUCAUCUGACGAGGAUGAUCUUCCUUUAAUCGAAAUAGCAAAAAAAUACUCGAAAAAAACGAGGAAAAGCACAAGAUGCGCCAGGUGACACUUGACUUCAUUGUACAGUGAAGAACACUUGUAAAUUUGUAGAUUAAAUUCAGUUGUAUUUUUUACACAUUAAUUUAUUUUUUUUCUUUAAAUUGCUCGUUUUUUCUGUUUGCCUCGAGUUUCUUCACAAUUUUUCAACGUAUAGACUUCGUAAACAUUUUUGUAGAAAUAUUUGUGUAUGUUUAUUUAUUUUGAUACUUUUGUAUUAUUUUGUAAAUAUUUUUCACAAAUUACACGGAAUGAAAUCUUUCAACUAUUGAA